GCACCUCAACUUCCUCUCGGCUCCCUCCUCUCGCGCCGCCCUCGCCCUCGGGGCCCGCCCUCCUCUGCCUGGUGGCGCCGGGAGGCUGUUUUUCCACUCACUGGCGCGCAGACUCCAUCCCACUGUUUUCGUCUCUCUUUUCUGAAGUUAGACUAGUCUGAAGCCGCCACCAGCCCCAGGACCCCCUGCAGAAGAAAAGCGGGAGGGAGCGGCGCAGGGUCUGGCGGCGGCGCACACAGUGAGGCAGCUGCCCUGCACGCCCUCGUGGAGGCCACCUGGAGAGUUCGGCCCCAGGAGGCCACAGCCACAGGUGCCCACAGCUGGCCCCAGGAGAGAGCAAGAGUCAGGAUGAUUUAUCCUCUUUUCACUGAGGAGGAAACUGAGGCUCAGAGAAAAGUCAUGAAGUGUGAUAAGACCCUGAGGUCUAUGCAAACUCCAGAGAUUCUGGCAUCUUGCUGUGCUCGCCCCAGCCCACACUGCAGGAUCCAGUCUGAGACCCUUAGCCACCAGGACACCCACUCUAGCUUUUACACCCUCAAGGCUGAGGCCCUGAGGACAUGCCCUGGAUUCAAGGAGUCCCAGACCCCUCAGCUAAUGUGUGCCACCUGGAAUCCCAGAGGGGAAGCCGGUCAGCACCCCACAUUCCCUAGCAGCACAGGCCAUCCCCAAGCCCUACCCUAGGAGAAGCUCGUGGUGGCAAAAAGAUCCUGAGCAUUUGAGGCAGGUCACCCAAGCCUGAAUCUCAAUCUGCCUCUCAUCUGUGACCCUGGCGAGCCCCUCACCCUCAGGAAGCCUUCACUUUCCCUAGUGCAUGGUGGGCACACAGCUCAGCGUGGGACUGUGAGGAUGGGAUGUGAGGAGUGCAAAGCGCCUGGCGCCCUGGAAGAACUCCAUCAACAGUGGCAACGGUCACUUCCCCAGGCCCCCGCACUUCUUCCUUUCUCCUCAGCCUGGCCACACUAGCAUCUUCCUCAACUCCCGGUUUUCAGAUGGAAACUUAUGGGUCAUCUGCUCCACAGGAAACACCAGGCCAACCACACAGUUGGAGAUGAAAUAGCACAACCACGCCCUGCUGUCCGGCGUCCCCCAGCCCACGCCCCUUCCUAGUACCACCAGCAACCAUCAAUCCCAUCUCCUCCCGCCUCCUCUCCUGCAAUCCACCCGCCACGACCGUCACCAUGGCAGCUCUGAUCGCAGAGAACUUCCGCUUCCUGUCACUCUUCUUCAAGAGCAAGGAUGUGAUGAUUUUCAACGGGCUGGUGGCACUGGGCACAGUGGGCAGCCAGGAACUCUUCUCUGUGGUGGCCUUCCACUGCCCCUGCUCGCCGGCCCGGAACUACCUCUAUGGGCUGGCAGCCAUCGGUGUGCCUGCCCUGGUGCUCUUCAUCAUCGGCAUCAUCCUCAACAACCACACCUGGAAUCUCGUGGCUGAGUGCCAGCACCGGAGGACCAAGAACUGCUCGGCCGCCCCCACCUUCCUCCUUCUAAGCUCCAUCCUGGGCCGAGCAGCUGUGGCCCCUGUCACUUGGUCUGUCAUCUCCCUGCUGCGUGGUGAGGCUUAUGUCUGUGCUCUCAGCGAGUUCGUGGACCCCUCCUCACUCACGGCCAGGGAAGAGCACUUCCCAUCAGCCCACGCCACCGAAAUCCUGGCCAGGUUUCCCUGCAAGGAAAACCCUCCCAACCUGACAGACUUCCGGGAGGAGGUCAUCCGCAGGCUCAGGUAUGAGUCCCAGCUCUUUGGGUGGCUGCUCAUUGGCGUGGUGGCCAUCCUGGUGUUCCUGACCAAGUGCCUCAAGCAUUACUGCUCACCACUCAGCUACCGCCAGGAGGCCUACUGGGCACAGUACCGCACCAAUGAGGACCAGCUGUUCCAGCGCACGGCCGAGGUGCACUCUCGGGUGCUCGCUGCCAACAAUGUGCGCCGCUUCUUUGGUUUUGUGGCGCUCAACAAAGAUGACGAGGAGCUGGUGGCCAACUUCCCAGUGGAAGGCACGCAGCCGCGGCCACAGUGGAAUGCCAUCACCGGCGUCUACUUGUACCGUGAGAACCAGGGCCUCCCACUCUACAGCCGGCUGCACAAGUGGGCCCAGGGUCUGGCAGGCAAUGGUGCGGCCCCAGACAACGUGGAGAUGGCCCUGCUCGCCUCCUAAGGAGCUGCUUCCCACCCCCUUUCCAAAUGGCACGACUUGGUCCCAAACUGAACCCCACUGCUUGCUCACAUCCCUAUCAGAAGAGGAUUUUUUAAAAACUGUAUCUUCUUGGCUGGGGGAAAGGACCACAAGGCAAUCUGGGGGUGCGGAGAGACCCAGCAGACAAUGGAAGCCCCAGCCAGCAAGGCUGGUGACAGUGAAGCUCACCAGCAGGCUCCUUGAUGGUACUGUGUAUAGUUAAUGUGUGUCUAGCUGCAUAGGGAUACCCAGCGCAGCAGUGUGGCCCUGGGAAGAAGCCUCCAGUGCAUGCCUCUGGACUUAUUUUAUAUAUUUAAAUUUUUGAUAAAGCUUUUCUUACUAAAAGGA